GAAACAUUCAUUCCACUUUGCUAGAGGGUUUCCGAUUGCCUUUAUUAUUUGACUUUAUUUUAUUUAUUUAUUAUUUUCUUUACGGUCAAUUCAUUGCUCUUCUGGCCUUGUCUUGAUCUAGAAGAUACCUUCUGUCGGUCCUUCUUCUACUUCCACUCUUUAUAGAGUCUUUUGGUCCUUUUCUGGUAAAACGACCGGACUAUCAACCAUGUCUGACGGACUAAACCAAGCCCGUGCCCUAAGGCUGGCCGAGAUCAUCAACGACUACCGCACACUCCUUUUGCACAUUCCGCAGCAGAACGUCCCAGUUCCGGCCGAUGACUACUACGAGGAGGGAUUCGUCGUGAUCCGAGAAUCCUUGGCCGCCGCCCAGAACCUGAUGUCAUCCAACUACAGCCCUAGCAUGCCGGCCAACCACGGCAGCACAGCCGAAACCGAGAAGGCAGAGCUUAGAAGGGUCAUCCUCGACGGAAGUGCCCGCCGAUUCCAAGCGCACCGAAUCUACCUGCGCGCCGCGGCAGCGAAGCGAUGGGCCAUGCAUCGCGCCAACAUCCUCCACGGCCAGAGACCGGGGCCUCAACAUGCAUCUCAACUCAAGGCCGUCAGCAACACGUUCCGACAGGAGCUAGCCCAGGUAACGAACCAACAUGUCGUUGCGGAUCUUCGCGCUGCCGACAUGCGAGCCGGCCAUUGGCUUGACGAGGAUCCAUCCUUGGAGGUGAUUCUUAAUUGGAUACGUGCGCAUCCAUGAAACCAGGGGGGAAACUAACUAAAAAAAAAAUAAGUGAAAAAAAAAGACAACCCCCACGAUGAGAAUGAUUUUUUUUUCUGGACAGUUUCGGGCGACGGCAUUGGUGCAGUUCUGACGCUGAAUCCCGGGUGGCAUGAUACUCCUCGCAAGCGCAGGUCGCUUAAUUCUUGCCGGGACGAAAAAGCGUUUUUUCUUUCUUUUUUCUUCUUCUUUUACGUUGAUGCUAUCUGAUACACCGUGAUGAUAUCCCUAUGAGUGACUGAUUGAUUUACGUUAGACGAUGG